AUGAUUUCCACCACCAUUGAGAUCAACGCACCGCCCUCGAAAGUCAGGAGCGUGCUCCUCGACUUCCCCAACCUCCGCACCUACCACACCGGCCUCUUCAAAGGCAUCACCCCUCUCGAACCCUCCUACCCCGACCCCUCCGCCCUCGCCCCCGGCAACACGCUCUUCCUCGAGAUAGGCCCGCCGUUCACCGGCACCAUCACGCAGAACACGCCCGACUGCUUCGAAUGGAAGGGACCGCCCAACUACGGCAUACUGUCGGGCAAGCACACGUUCACGUUUGAGGAGAGCGAGGUGACCCCGGGGGGCACGACGUUGGGUCAGAGUGAGGAGUUUGCGGGCGUCUUGUUUUGGGCGAUGAGUCCGUGGCUGAUGGGGAGGAUACUGAAGGCGACGUAUGAGGGGUUCAAUGAGGAUUUGAAGAGGGGCGUUGAAGGGACGACGGAGGGUGCGAAGUUGUAG